GAUUUCACCUGCACCACUCUCUUGCCUCUCUCCACACUUGCAAACAACACACUCUCUCUGGGUUCAAGUGUAGGGAAUGGGAAGAGCACCUUGUUGUGAAAAGGUGGGGUUAAGGAAGGGGAGGUGGACGGCGGAGGAAGAUGAGAAAUUGAUGAAGUAUAUUCAAGCUAAUGGAGAAGGGUCAUGGAGGUCUCUACCUAAGAAUGCAGGAUUAUUAAGGUGUGGGAAGAGUUGCAGACUUAGAUGGAUUAAUUACUUGAGAACGGACUUGAAAAGAGGAAAUAUAUCAAGCGAUGAGGAAGAAAUUAUAUUCAAGUUGCAUGCCUCUUUGGGAAACAGAUGGUCGUUGAUAGCCUGUCACUUACCAGGAAGAACAGACAACGAAAUAAAAAAUUAUUGGAAUUCCCAUUUGAGUAGGAAAGUUCACAUCUUUAGAAAGCCUGGGAAUGAAAAUCGACAACUGGUGAUUGAUACAGCCAACUUGGGAACGAGAACGGGAACCAGUAAACGAGGAAAAACACCAGGCAGAUCAUGUGCAGUCAAGAACAACAACAAAAGCCAACUGCAUAAACAACCUGCGUCAUUAACCAACGAAACCGACGAAUAUUCCACUGGCUUCUCAAAAGACGACGGAAUUAUACCCAUGCCACAGACCCCAGUUUUAGAGAAAGAGACCUUGCCGGUUGCCAGCGAGGACAUGACGAUUUUGGAUUUAGAUCAAUGCGUGGAAGAUGAAGACAAGGAGCAAAUGGACCUUGUGAUCCCGUGUCCAUGUCGAGAAACAGCAGAAGGAAACCGAGAAGGAUUGGUGUUGAACUCAAGCGAGGAGAAAGAGAGCCAACUUGUUUCCUGUGGGGAUGAGAAAGAAUCAGAAAUGUUAGGACCAUGUCGUUGGUUUGAUGGAGAAAUGCUACUGUUUGACGACAUAAUACAAAAUGAGUUGCUGGAUGAUGAAGGAGCUUUAAAUGAGGGAAGAGAAGAUGAUUUCUCUUUAAUAAGGUUGGAGGGAGAGAAGAAAAUUACUGGAAGAAACGAAGAUCACGGUAAACAGAUAGUUGAAACUGGUAAUCCUAAUAACUCACGUGAUGAGUUGUACCGAUGUUCAUCAAUAGGCUCAUGUUCUGAUGAGUGGAGCUGGGAGAAUCUAGUGCAAUGGGAUGAAAAUGUAGACAAUAUGGUUACUUGUUUUUGGGAGGGUGAUAAUCUUGGAGAAGGAGAGAACCAAAAAUUACAGGAGAUGGAUAACGCCAAGCAAAAUGCAUUUGUUGCUUGGUUGCUUUCGUGAUCAUGGUUAUGAUAAUAACUCCCCCAUUUUGUAGAAGUUGAUAGUAGCUAGGAGCCAAAACAUGAAAAAAGCCAUUGUUGACAAAAUGGCCCUCGUCGUUUCCAUCUUUAUUUGUUUCCUUUCCCGUCUUGUGUAAAUUUGGAAGUCGUCGUCAUAAAAAAGUGCAAUUUACUUACAA